AUGCAACUUUCGUUGAUGAAUACCGUGCUUGUCUUUGCAAAUGGAGUUGCAAGCCAGGCAAUCGCCUUCAACAUUACUGCCAUCUCUGCCGCCAACAACGCCUCACGCCUUGAAUGUUGGCAGCUACAUGCAUCCCCCAAACCUGGUCGCGGUGCUGUGAACUUCGAUCUCGGGGACUUCGACCAGGCUUUGGUAUCAAAUGUUUUGAUCGUCAUUGUACAAUUGUUGAGUCAUGUCUCCAGAUACUCACUGAUAAUGGCUGGGCUGGCACACAUUACAACGCCGCACUCAGGCUUGCCGUCCUAUCUGAACGAGGUCUGGAUUCAGGGCGGCCGCCACGGCUGGCUCAUUGCAGCAGACCUCAUAGAGUUUGCUGCUCAAGGGCACGUAACAACGUUCCCAGGUACUGAACGAACGGUUAUCGCUCAAUUUCCAGUCGCGGGCAACAAGCCGCCUGCGCACAGCGUCCUGCAUUUGGGACCUUGCACGUACGCAGAUCUUGCGGAACUAUAAUCGACGUCGAGUAAGAGGAGGCGCGAAGCGUGGAAGCUAGCCUCGCUCACAUAUGAAAAGAGAUGGAGCCGUGUGUGAGAGC